UCGAACCAACCCGGAACCUUUAAGUCAACUAAUCAUUCCUGAAAACUUGUUGCGAGGAGUUUCCUCCUGCUUUUCCGACGAGUUCAGAUGUUUCUGUAAGAAAAAAAGUAACUUCCUGGGACUAAGGGGUUGUUCCUUCUGAAGGAAAAAAAAAAAAAAAAAAAAAAAAAAGACCGUUGCAAAUGUUUCUCGCUCCGACUGCGGCGGUUCCUGCAGGACAGUAACACUCGACUUGUCUUUUCAAACCAGUUAGAGAGGGGUGGAGUCAAGAGGUGCCAAAAUGCCACAGCAGAAGGACAUAGUGAAGAUAGCCAUCCAGAUGCCUGGGGCCUACCCCCAGCUCAUACAACUGGACCAGAAAAAGCCUCUGUCUGCUGUAAUAAAGGAGGUGUGUGAUGGCUGGAAUCUCCCAGGUCCAGAGAACUACGCUCUGCAGUAUGCUGAUGGAGUGCAGACAUACAUCACUGAAUCAAAUCGUCUGGACAUUAAGAAUGGCUGCAUUCUGCGUCUCACCAAGGCACCGGGUCGCUGUGCAGAGGACUUGUUCAAGGGCAUCCAAAGCUCAGACUCAGGCGUGCGCUGCGAUUCGCUGAAGGAACUGGCGAGCGUUUCCACAGACGUGACUUUUGCUCAGGAAUUCAUCAGCCGAGACGGACACCUCUUAUUGGUCAAGAUAGUAGAGGAAUCUAAUGAGAGUAAUGUGAUCAUGACCCACACACUGACAGGCUUCAUGGAACUGAUGGAUCACGGGAUAGUUUCUUGGGAGAACCUUUCAUCUGUCUUCAUCAAGAAGAUUGCCAGCUUUGUCAACGCCAAGCCGACCGAUGCAUCAAUACAGCAGGUGUCCUUGGACAUCCUGGAGAGCAUGGUGUUGAGCAGUCACAGCCUCUUCCUGCAGGUCAAACAUGAAGUCACCAUGGAGAGGCUUAUUGCUCACCUUCAGGUGACAAAUCAGCAGAUACAGACCAAAGCCAUGGCCCUACUCAUGGCCCUACUACAGACAGCCGGAGACUCAGACAAACAGGAUAUGUUUGCAUUCCUGAAUAAGAAGAAUCUCCGUCAGUACAUUUAUAAGAACAUCAUCCAUAGUUCUGGUUCAGUCCAGGAUGAGAUGGCCCACUACCUCUAUGUCCUACAGUCAGUUACUUUGAAUCACCUGGAGCCUCGCAUGAGAACCCCACUGGACUGUUACAGCCAGGAGCAAAGAGACAUCCUUCACAGUUUGCGGCAGGCAGCAUUUGAGACAGAAAGCGAAAAUAGUCUGAGCCACGAGAGGCGACGCUCGCUCUGUGCUAAAGAGUUCAAGAAACUGGGUUUCUCUAACAACAGUAACCCUGGUCAGGACUUGGUGCGAACGCCUCCUGGUCUUUUAGCUUUGGACACUAUGUUUUAUUUUGCCUCACGCUAUCCUGAUGCCUACAGCAGGUUUGUCCUGGAGAACAGCAGUAGGGAGGAUAAACACGAGUGUCCAUUUGCCAGGAGCAGCAUACAGCUCACACUCAUCCUGUGUGAAAUUCUUCGUAUUGGAGAGCCACCCUCUGAGACGGGAUCGGACUACCAUCCCAUCUUCUUCAGUCAGGAUCGGCUCAUGGAGGAGCUUUUCUGUGUCUGCAUCCAGCUGCUCAACAAGACCUGGAAGGAGAUGAGAGCCACACAGGAGGACUUUGACAAGGUGAUGCAGGUGGUGAGGGAGCAGAUCACCAGGACCUUGUCCAGUAAGCCGACCUCCCUGGAGCUCUUCAAGAACAAAGUCAACGCUCUCAACUACAGCGAGAUCCUUAAACUGCGGCAGACAGAGCGGCUGCACCAGGAAGAGACUCUUGCUCCACCUGUACUUGAGCUCAAAGAGCGCCUGAAGCCAGAGCUGCUUGAGUUGAUCCGCCAGCAGAGACUCAACAGGCUGUGUCAGGGAACGAUGUUCAGGAAGAUUAGCAGCCGACGCAGACAGGAUAAACUGUGGUACUGCCGCUUGUCACCCAAUCACAAAAUGCUUCACUACGGCGAUGUGGAGGAAGACACGGACAAUCCACCAAUAGAAACACUUCAAGAGAAGAUUCCAGUAGCAGAUAUCAAGGGCCUGCUGACAGGAAAAGACUGUCCUCACAUGAAAGAGCACAAAGGCAAACAGAACAAGGAGGUGCUGGACCUGGCAUUUAGCAUCACAUAUGAUGUAGAAGAGUACAGUCUGAACUUCAUCGCGCCCUCCAGAACUGAUUUCUGCCUGUGGACAGAUGGACUGAGCGUUCUCCUAGGCCGGGAGAUGAGUAGUGAAUCCAUGCGCAGCGAGCUGGAGAUCCUCCUCUCUAUGGAGAUUAAGCUCCGCCUCCUGGACCUUGAGAACGUCCCCAUCCCCGACAGCGCGCCCGUCGUUCCCAAACCUCCGAGCAACUACAACUUCUGCUACGACUUCAGCCAGACUGAGCAGUAGAGUGUUUGGACAAGUGCAACUAGGAUGUGAGAAUGUGUAAAUAUAUACAUAUAUAUAUAUAUAUCUUAUAUAUGUGUGUGUGCGUGUGCGUAUGUCUGAAACAAGAUGCUUGAAUGAGGUGUGACUUGACCUGUGCAUCCGUGCACUUAUUAACAGAUUCAUAACCCUGACAUCAGAAUUUUCUUCUGUGGUCUGGUUGAAACAAUAAAAACAUGGAAAGAGUUUCUUAAACUACAGUAGCAGUUGUGGGUAGGAAUCAAAAGGAACCAAAUGGCUAUCGGCUGUACUCAUGCUGCAGAUUAUCACUCCUCAUCUGGGAAAGAACUUUUUUUUCUGUACUUAAUCAGUUGAUGUUCAGCUGUCCUCCUUUCAGUUCGUCAGCUGUCCGGAAACAGAGACUUGGAUAAAUGAGAUUUGUGAUGUUAUAUAAUACCAACACUCAAGUAAUGGUACUUUAAUUUUGUUUUGUAAUCAGUUUUUAUAUUUCUAAAUAUAUCUAUAACUAGGUAUGAGGCUGCUUAUUACUGGUUGAGGCUAUAGAUGCUUUGAUCUGGUUGUGCUAAUUUCAGUUAAAUUCUUGUCCUUGCAUCUUUGGUGUUUUGUUCGGUUUUUUUUUUAAAAUGGGCAUUAACUACAACACAGUACUUUCUCGGAAUGUGGUACGUUAGACUAAUUUCCAACGUGUGACAUAGAAAUGUUGGACAAUAAUUUGCUUAAAUAUACCUAUAGGUACUCACCUUUGUAAGGAUCCCAGUGAUUAUUGUGGAGCAGAGAUCCUCUGAAAGCUCUUCAUGACGUAUUAUUUUACAGCAGUGCAGAUCUGCAUUAGGUACCAAACUGACUCUCUUUUUUGUUAUUAAGAGGAACAAUAAGCAGUUGUACCUUUGCCACA